AUGGAGAGGAACAUUAGCUUGUUAAAGUGUUUAUCUCAUGACAUGAGUCUGUUGCCGAUAUAUUGUGAAGAUUGUGAGUGUUCUGUUUGUACAAAAUGUAUCACAGGUUCCCAUAUGAGACACAGUCUUCUGGACGUGUCUACUUAUGUGGUAAGACAAAAGGAGGAAUUAAUAGCGUCCAUAAACGAAGACUGUUCAAAGAUAGAAAGAGUCAGGAGUGAGCUGUCACAAAUGAAAAUUAACACCGAAGAACGGAAAAAUCAAGUGAUAGAAGAAAUCUCAAGAAGGGAGGAUGCAAUGAUAGGGGAAGUCAAAGAUAUUUCGGCGGAUUAUAGAAGCAUUGUGGGCGAGGCAGCGCUGCAACAUACUCAGAAGAUCGAGCAAAGUGAAAGCGCUUUACAUGACAUUUCGAAAAUAUCCGAAUUAAACCCAGAAACAGAAGCGGACUGUAUUGCACUAUUGCAUUGUCGAAGCGAACUACGAAGGGUUGAAAGGGAAAUAAAAGAUCAGGGUGCAGUGCAUAUGUCUUUUGAAGCUAUGGAGGGGCCUAGUAAAACAAAAUUAAAGGAACUAUUUGGAACCGUUUCUGUUGAAGUGAACGAGGUGAACCAAUCGUCCGAUGAGGACAGAACGAUCGAGAAAAAGCUGCCAGUUCAAAGCAGAAAUGCUGAAGAUAUUCUCAAAGUCAAAGAGAAAAAACUUAAUAAAAACGGUCACCCUAUUUGCAUUCAGUUCAAAAUCUCAGCACCUGGAAUUCCUGAUUACGUGAAUGACUGCACAGGAGUUUUCUUUUCUGAUGAUAAAGUUUAUUUGUAUUUAGACAGAAAGUUAUUUGUCAAAGAAAAACAGAGAGAAAUUUAUGAAGUAGUAAAAGAUGUCCAGCAUUGCACAGACUAUGGUAUAAAGCAUUCAUCUGGAAAUGGACUUCUUGUUAUAACAAAGGAUGAGAGUGAAUUAGGCCUUCUUCUUCAAAACAGAAAAAUUAUCUCGAUAUUUAAAGCUAGUGGAGGAAAUGAAAAAAUUGUUGAUAUGGUUGAAAGUGCUAAAACAGGUAUCACUGUAUUGUCGGUGAAAACAAGCUUCUGGAGAGGAUGUUUUGAUAGCACAGUAUCACUGUGGCAAGUCAAUAUAACUGGAGAAUCAAAGCAAUUAUCCUCCAUAACACUUGACAAACGUGUGUAUGUUUCAAAGAUAUGCAUAUUAAACGCUACAACACAAAUAGUUUUCAACCUGGAUGGAUGUUUGUCAGCAUAUAGCCAUCAGUUGACCUUCAAGUUCCAAUACAGUGGUACCCGCGGCACUAAUCCUUCGUCGGUGUUUUCAGCGUCCUCGGUGUGUGUAGACUCGGAUGAUAACAUUUUAGUCUCGGACAGCUCUGAUAAUACCAUCCAUAUGUUAAGUAUUGACGGUAAUUUCUUAAAAAUCAUCAUCUGGCCAGAAGAUAAUGUGAAAGUAAAAUGGCUGUCAUUGGACAAGGAUGGCUGGUUGUGGAUAGGGCAAGGCGGCUGUCAAAGACCUAGCGACUUCUGUGUAUUUGACUAUGAAUAUCUUAAGAAGACCGAGAGAACAGAAAGGGCGCUCACAGAGAGCGAGGAAAAAGUAGACACACAAGAGUGA